GCUUCCUCCGAAAACAACACCACGUGUAUGUGGAAAGGAAUGGACGACUGCCAGUGCUGUGCACGUCCACCUUUAACGGCUUUGAAAACGAGAUUUAACGCUUAUUAACAGUUGCCAUUUAUUUUCACCGUACGACUGAAGAACGCCAUCCAGUAAGGAUCCAGUGCUCACCAUGAGUUUUGUGGAGUACUCGGACUGCAUUCAGGCAGGAGAUGUUGCCAUUAUCUACCAGAGCCAUGACUCCAUGAUGCCAGUCAAGGUGCAGCAAGGCGCCCAAACACAGACCCGUUACGGGGUCAUUCGGCACUCCUCAGACCUCAUUGGUCAGCGUUAUGGGUCAAAAGUCACAUGCAGCAAAGGUGGGUGGGUCUAUGUACUUCACCCAACGCCCGAGCUAUGGACCAUCACCCUGCCGCACCGCACACAGAUCCUCUACACUACUGAUAUCUCCAUGGUCACUAUGAUGCUGGAGCUGAAACCAGGAUCCAUCGUCUGCGAGUCAGGGACGGGUAGCGGCUCCCUCUCCCACGCCAUCCUGCGCACCAUCGCUCCCACAGGUCACCUGCACACCGUUGAGUUCCACCAGCAACGAGCAGAGAAGGCAGUGGAGGAGUUUAAGGAGCACCGGGUGGAUCAUCUAGUCACUGUUAGGAACCAGGAUGUCUGCAAGGAGGGGUUCGGGGUGACUGGAGUGGCAGAUGCCGUGUUCCUGGACAUCCCAAGCCCAUGGGAGGCUGUGAGGCAUGCCAAGGCUGCUAUGAAGAGACAUGGUGGUCGCCUGUGUUCCUUCUCCCCGUGCAUAGAGCAGGUUCAGAGGACAUGUGAGGCUCUGACCGAUGAGGGCUUUGAGGAGAUCAGCACCCUCGAGGUCCUGCUGAGGGUCCACGACGUGCGAACCGUCUCCCUACCUCUGCCCGACUUCGGCUCUGACCCCUCUGCUCAACCUCAGCCCGACAGUGCAGAGAAACCUACUCCACCCCAGACAUCCACCACCUUAAAGACCACUACCCCACCCAGAGAGGUCCCAGGCCACACAGGGUACCUCACCUUUGCUACCAAACCCAGAACCUAAAUCUCAGUACUGAUUCUUUCCUUUAUUUCCAGCAGCAGGAAGCAGGACGUGGUUUAUAAUCCGCCUUGCUCCGCUGUAUUUUCCGUGCAUAUUAAUAAGACUGUGAUAAUCCAGCAAGGGUACCAGGUUCCUCCAGGUCCCGCUUGGCACUGCAGCACCAAGAGGAUUUACGGUCUUGUUACAUAAUUUAAAAGCUCUUGUCUCUUGGCACCGCUUUGUUUGCAACCAAGAUUGAAAAUCACAGCCAGAGAGAUUUCAGUUGAGGAGGAAAUACUUUAUAGCUUUUUGGACUGUGACUGAUUUGAUUCCUUCACUUUUUAUAACAAAAUCAAUUUUUAAUCAGUGCUUUCAUUUGUUUGGGGAGGUAACUGUUUUAUUUUGACCUUUUUUUUGCACUUUUGUAUUCAAGUCAAUACAAUAAAUGUGUGAAAGUUU